GACACACAACAAACGAUGCGGUGAGGCAUCCAGACGAUCAGGACCUGACGACCACCGAGCUCAUGAGUGUCAGCGGGCACACGUCCUUGGCCACACUCUGCCGAGGUAUCCGGCAGUUGGUCGUCGUCUUGCCAAGGAGGAGGUGAUCACGCAGGCCGACGCCGCCAGAAUGUUCCAAAGGCGGGACUUGCUCGGGAUGAGCACGCCUGCAACGAAGGAGCUCGGCAUCGUCGAACGCGCUCGUUACAGGGAAAUUCAGCCUGUGGCGAAACCGUGGUGCGCUCGGAGAACUCACGUGUCGUUCAUCUCCCUCCCUCUCUCCUGUUGUGCGCCGUAUGCACCACGCGGGGAAAACUAUCGGCUACCCUUCUACGCACUGCGGGCCCGCGCAGGCGGGGACGGCGUGCUGCCGCGCCUCACCGUGUCGGCAGAGGCGUUCCUGAGAGAAGCAGGACAGUGGCUGCUGAGAAGAGAGUGAAGUACCAUCUUCGGACCCGGAGAGGCACCGCACGACGAGCGGGACUGCGGCAUCGUCGGCUUCGCGGAUGCGACUCGGGCAGGAGGAAGAGGGGGAGCCGUGACCGUGGGGGAGGAGGACGGCGAGGCCAGAGCGUGUCCACCGCGUUGGGUACACGAGGUUGCGGUGAAAGAACCGUCUGCGAACAGGGAGAAGGCUCCACUCACUCCGCGGCACGAGGUGCGCUGCUCAUACGGGGGACACAUGAAAUUGCGCGGUGCCGGGAGGCGUUGCGUGCUCGUGGCUACCGCGUGCCAGUGCAGAUCGCUAUGGCGACCGACCGCCUGCCGCACGUGCGAGCUCAACACAAGCGCAAUGGGUUCAUAGGGAGUGCUCGUGGGUUUGAGUUCGAUUCCUUUCACAGAUGAAACAAAUGGUAUGCCGCAGCGAGAAGGUUUUCAGGUCGUGCUCUGCUUUAUGGGGGCCCUCUCCGCCUUACUGACCCGUAUUCGCAACACGUUGGGGAUCCGGCGGGUACCUCAUUCGAGGUGACGAGAGCACGUACGGUACUACCGUCGCUGGAAGGGAAUCCAUCUACACCGACGUGCGACGGCGGACAACGGGUAGGGUUUUUGUGGGUAUGUCGGCUAUCGUGGCGCCUAAAGUUGCCCAAGUGUAGUUGUCCAAUGUGUGCUGCGACGGAGGCGAAUUUGCGGUGCAGCAGCGAGACGGCAGCCAUUCACACCUUUUCCUCUCCUCCUUCUCUCUCACUAAUCACUCAGACCAUCGCCACCGCAUCUUUUUAAAAAAAAAGCCUCAACAUGUUCGGUUUUGAAGACGAGACCUCUCCGUGCUGCAGUUCUUCGGGAACUCCUCGUGGGUCCGAGGUGCCGCUGCCCUUUCCUCCUCCUCCCCCCGCCGGUGCCGCACGAAGCUGCAGCGACGAGACCGAGAGGAGGUGCACGGCUGUGGAGGACAGCGUGCGGUGCUCGCACCCGUCACGCAGCGCGUCGGCCGCCACCCCACUUCCCUCACCCUCGAAGGACUCCCGCCGCAGCACCCCUGCAGCACAGGCCCGCCGCCCCACAGACGACUCGGUGGUGCGGCGCUGGAGGUCGCCACAGGAGGCGCCGUUCGCCUUCUCUGAGCACUCCCUUCCUGCCGUCUCCCGGCCCGUUGCGGGAGCCCGUGGCGGAUCGCGGCUUCUGUGGCGCACCUCGUUGCCGCCUGCGCAUCGCUCCGCCCUGCACCGCCACCCCCGCCUCAGCGACCGCCAGAGCCCCCGUCGCCGUCCUCCGUCCCUCGGCAGUCGAAGCGCCAGUGGAGACGUGAGUCCGCGCAGCAGCGGCUCGGUGGGUUCGUCUUCGGUGGGUUCUCCCUUGGACGACGCCCCGUACGCGGUGGCGUGGCGUCCCUCGUCGCCCUCUGUCUUCUUGCGAAAGUACGGUUGAUGCGAAAAGAACGCAUCUUCAUCGUUAUGCUUUUGCGCGGACCGGAGGCCGUCAACUAAGUAUAUAUUCCUUUCAGAUUCUCCUUCUGCCUUUCUUAACACCUCACCCAUUCUCUUUUUUGUACACUUGAUUGAAACCUCAAUAGCAAUAAAACGAAAGGUCUGCUGCGCGUUGUUUCUCAGAAUUCAACGCAAUGCGCAGAGACACCCCCAAAAAAAGUAUAGAAGAGAAAACAAAACCAAAAUUCUGACGUUUCCUGUGUUCGCAUCGCGAAGGCCAGAUUCCAUAGUUGGUUGAAGUCGCGCAGAAAGCAGCGGAAUUGCUUUGAAGGUAAGAGGUGCCUGCUGGGAGGCUGUAUCGCGCAGUAUCCUCACUCCAACUUAGCUGGUCCCAUGACAUAAGAGCGAAGACUGUGAUGUGUCUCGCUGGACAGGCCAUGUGCUGGUGUGUGAGAGUUCAUUGUCGUGUUUACGCGUUCCGCGCACCGGACAAUCACUCCUGCGAUCUUCAGAAUACCCGCGCUUGUAGGUGAGAGUGCGCUAUACCAAUCGUUUCCGUUCUCUUUUUGCAUCCUUAUCCAUGGCGCCUCUGUGAUGGUGUUUCCAGUACGUGAUCCUUUGGCAACUGCAACUGCGAAGCGCGCCUCUCCACCCACGUGCGUGUGUGACGGAGUUGCGGGACCGACAAACGUGGCCGUUCAUGUUUUUGCACCGCAGCUCGUUCGUCAUCGCCAUCUUCCCUGCGAGCAUAUGUUUCUUUUCAUCUUGCUCUCUCUCUCUCUCUCUCUUCCCUUUGCUUUUCUUUACUUGCCGCAGCAGCGCGUUUCUGUUGUUCUCUGCGACGUCGGUGUUUUGUACGCUGCGCACAGCACAUGCUUCCCCACAACAGAAGUCAGACUUCACUCCCCACCUCCUACCACUUUCUUUUUCUAAGAAAUUAGCUGAGACGACUACGUGUGCGUACGUAAUAAACUUGUGUUGCGGCUGGUGCGGUAGAGUAACGUGGCAAUCGCAGGCACUUUUGCGGAUGCUGCAGCUCGCUUAGCCCCCUAAACGGCCAGGAUUCAUUUCAACUACGUUUUCUUCGGUGUUGCUUUUGGCCUUCCCCCUACGGAGGAAUUUUCGUUUGUUCUUGCUCUCCUCUUCCGCAACUUAUGAGUCAGAAAAGGAACGUAAACGAAUAAUUAAAGGAGAGCUGGGCCGCUGCUGUCCUGCCGCUUUGAUGUGUGUGUGGCCUUCUCUAUACACCAUUUCUUCUUCUGUUUUUUGGCGUCUUCAACAAUUUUUCAUAGAGUAAUCCCAAUGGGAAUCAAAGGCCUUUGGCACGCGCUUCGCGAGUAUGUGGAUGACGGCCACCUUUCGCAGUUCCGCGGACAGCGAGUUGCUAUCGACAUGUACGUCUGGUUACAUCGCUGCGUCCAUAGGUGCGUGCGCAUCAAUACCGAGGCCGUCCUCGCGUACCUGGAGGCAAAGUACAGCGGCGCAAGCAGCAACCAACCGUGCCUUUUGGAGCCCUCCGCUCCGCCGCCGCUAGUCAAGAAGGAACGCUUCGACAGCGCUACGGGGGUGCCGACGAACGCCUUGACACCAGCACAUGCCCAUGACCUCCCUCUUCCGUCGAUCGAUGACGUACUCGUGCUGGACGACCAGUUCAUCACGUUGGUGCUCGACAAGGUCACCGCCCUGCAGCGCUUCGGUGUGACGCCAGUCUGCGUCUUUGACGGCGACGAGAUGCCCAUGAAGGGGACCACCGACGAGGAGCGUCAGCGCCGCCGGCACGACGCCUUCGCGGAGGCGAUGCUGCGGCUGGAGCAGCUCUACUGCGAUGAGCGCCGACGAUGGACGACAGCGGGCAGCGACGGCACGCACCAAAUGGAGGAGCGCUCGCAGCAGCGGCGUUCGCGUGUGACGUUGCCACACUCAUCUCGACUCUACGAGGAGGCGGUGCAGCUGCUGGAGAAGGCGGUGGACAUCUCGACAGAGCUCGCCCACGCCGUGAUUCAAGUCCUGAAGGAGGAGCGCAACGUGGAGUGCAUCGUGGCGCCCUACGAGGCAGAUGCGCAGCUGGCCUACCUGUGUCGGGAGGGCUACGUCGCGGCGGCCGCCUCAGAGGACUCCGACUUGAUCGCCUACUACUGCCCCUGCGUCAUUUCGAAAUUGGACACCUUCUCCGGCAAGUGCGAGGUGCUGCAGCCGGCGGUGUGUGCACCCCAGUUCUUUCGUGCUGUGGCCGCGACCGCGCCGACGACGACGUCCGGCUCCUUGCACACCUCGAGCUUCACCGCACCCCUGGCAGGUGGAAGGGGAGGACUUCACGCCAGCGGCGGCCACACCCGCAUGCGGGCGGCAGCCGCGCAGCCUCUCCCCCACUCGCCCCCGUCUCCCUUUGGCGUCUCCGUGGAGGGGAGUGCGGAGGAUCCUUGCAGGGGCGCCGCUGCGUCCGCCUUCACCUACGAGUCUUUCCUGCUCGGCUGCAUUAUGGCCGGCUGCGACUACGUGACGAACCUGCGCAACAUCGGCAUCAAGAAAGCUUUCAGGCUCGUUGCGCAUGCCACCUCGCUGCGCCAGGUCUUCACCAUACUAGAAACAGAGUACGGCUUCCCCGCUGAGGAGCUGGCACGCUACCGUCGACGACUGCUCGAGGCCUUUUACUGCUUCGCGCACCACCUCGUAUACUGCCCCCUACGGCAGGAGAUCGUGACCUUUCACUCGCUGCCUGCGCCACCGCCGAGCAGCGUAGGCGGCAACGCGAACGCGUUGCUCAAGACGCAGCUGGUGGGGGAGAGGUGGGCAAAGGAAAUUGCUCAGGACGUGUGCGCGCGGUGCCUCUGUGACCCCUGCACGCUGCGGCUGUACCGCGGCACGUAUCAGUCGUGUGUCACACGCUACCUGCAGCGCACGCGGCGUGGGCAGACGUCGCUGAAGGCCUACGCCGGCUUCGAGGAGCUGUCGUCAAAUAAGGUGGUGGUGCACCUGAGCGGGGGUCGGCAAGCCUUGACUGGCGUGAAGCGGGAGAGAGGGGAGGAGGAGAGAGGAGAUGACCUCCGCGGCUUUGAAUCCCCCUUAAAGAAGAAACACGUGGCGAGUGGGUUUCUCGGUGCUGUCGGUGCAGACGGCGGCCAUGCGAGGCCGGGGGAGGUGGUGGUGGUGCGCUCUCGGUACUUCAUGAUGCGCGGGCGGACCGCCGUGUGUGAGCCGUGGUCCGCCAGUGAAGAAGGUGACGAUGAGGAGAAGGAGCUGGUGCUCGACGGCGACGGCAGUCUGAACGACGCCGGUGCAAAACGUGCUGGUGCGUGCCCAUCCGAUGCGCAGGACGCCGUCUCUCUGCACGCCUCCGCCCCGCGCCUUCUCGGGCUUUCGCGACCGUCUAGCCACGUCGCUUCACCGCCGGUGUCGGUGCCGUCCGCGUCGGCGACAAAGAUGCGGCGUGCGUCGUCGACGGCGGAGGCGAAAGAGGACCUGAUGAGCGGCGCCGAGGCUGCAGCGACCACGGCAACGUUGAAGAUGGGCAGCAACUGCACUCAGAUGAGGGAAGACGCCAAGGUGCAGCCAAGGCGGUCGCGCGAGCCGCUUGUAGGACGCGAGAAACGUGCCGUUGCUACUGCUUCUAUGCUGGACGGGAGCAGCGGAAGCCGAAGCUCUGCUGCGAGCCUGGCCGUCGCGGACCCAGCAGGAAAUGCCUGCCACAGCGACGAGGCAAGCUGCGGCUCCGAUGAGAGCGGCGGCGUAGAGAAGAAGCACGAGGACAACCUCGCUGCAUCACGCGAGGUCGGUCAGACGGUGCCGUGCUUGACAGGGACCCCCGAUGUGGAGCCGUACACGUACCCGAUAGGCGGUGAUGCCCGCGCUGACGCAGCACCGACAGGAGAGCUGAAAGCAGACGCGUCUGUGCGGCAGUGUGCGUGCCCGUUUGGCUACUGGCAGUGCAACCGGGCUCAUUCGGUGUUCGAAUCGUGCUUUCUGGGGAAGCAGUGGAACCGCGACGACGACCCGUCUUCGCCGCCGCCGCCUACAGCGAUCUCUCUCGCACCUUUGUCAGCACGGGCGUCUCCAACGAGUGUGAGGACGACGGCGGCCACGUCACGCCCGCUGUGUCUUGACCCGACAGGUGCGUCCCACGAGCUCACCCCGGCGUUCCCGGGCAGCGGUGGCGUCGCCGCAAAAAACAGCCCACAAGGCUACAUCCCCCGCGCGUUUCGCCCACCCCGCUCUACCGCCUUCCCCGCGGCUUCUGCAGACUCUUUUCUACCCACCGGCGUCAGCACAGAUUCUACCGUGGCGGACGCAUGCACAUCAUCAUCGACCUCGCCGGUGCUGCCCGUGUUCGCAGACGGCUGCCUGACAUCUUUAGAGCCGUCUGAGGAGUCCGCCACGGUGCUACAGGCACGUGAAGGGAAUCAGGAGGGUGUUGGAGAUGCGGAGGUGGAGCCGCGCAACGCACCGAAGAGCAGCGCCGCGUCACCGCCGGUGUCCUCUCUGCCGCCGUCGCGUCGUGCAGCGGCGAGAAGGGCGAUUUUUGAUACGAUGGCGUUCAAGAAGACUUCAUGA